AUGAAAUCAUUGAAAAGUCUUUAUUUUUCACUUACAACUUCAAACAAAAAAUUAAAUGAAAAUACGGUAUCUAAUUUAGAUCAAGAUGACCACCAAGAUCAAGAGGACGGUAGUGGUGGAGAUGGUAGUGAACAUACAAAUACCUCCAAAAAUUAUUCAAAAUCCUCAAGGAGUAGAUACAAAAAAGGCCAUGAAAGAACAUUAUCGGGAAAUGAAAUCAAUGUUGAAGAGUUGGUAUACCGAGAAGAGGAAAGGAAAAGACUGGAAAUAUUAAACCAAGAAGAAGAGGAAAAUAGAUUGUCGGUAUUACCAUGGAUCAUUCAAUGUUAUAUCAUUGAAUUGUUUAUGCAUGCACCUUCAGAGGUGAGGACCGACCGUCUUGGAAAGAUUACAUUCAACAAACUAAACACUCGUAAUCCAUUGAUAUAUGUCUGUCGUAAAUGGUUUGGUCAAUGUUCAAAGAUAUUCCAACGAGACGGUGCUAUACCCUUUAGACCGACAAUGAGUGUCACCGAGUUUUCGACACACUUUGCCUCGGUCAAUUGUCUAGCCAACCAUAUCAACACCUUGGUCCUAACCAACGAGUAUGAACCACCCGUCCAACCCCGAGCCAAGUUUUUCAAUCCACAACGAAGAACCAGUCGCACAGACUAUCUCUCGAGGACAGGUCCCAAGGACGGCGACUUUUACGCCAAGGUCAGACACCUAGUCAUCGAAGAGAACGAGUCUGUUAUUAGUGAUAUGAUGUGUAAUACUUUGGUAGUUCUUUUUGGCACUAAAGAUAUAUGGAUACAGUCGAUCACUUUGUACAGCUCAUUAUACGUGCCAAUGGUCGCACCGUACCUUGGUAGUGUCCAGUCGCUCACUAUUACCCUCACCACUCUUUCAUGCCAACACACAUUACUCGAAGCACUCCAAAUCGCCGAGUCAUUGACCCAUCUCACCGUCAUUGUUGACAUGGGUGGACAACUGUCAUCCGACUUUUUCCUCCAACUUCCCACCACUCUGCGCUCACUGCAAGUCCAGACCACCUCGAGACAUCGUACCAACUAUCUGAUGAACUCUCUUGACCUAUGUAACUUUGUCCAAUUCUCAAGAUACCCAAAUCUCAACCGUCUCUCCUUGUCUCCCAAAGUCGUAUUUGACCCUUCCAAUCUAAUCACCCAUCUCAACAAAGACACAACCCAAAUCACAGAUUUAUCUGAGUUUAUGCUAGAGUUUACACCAGAGGUUCACUCACUCUUGAAAACUCAACCCAAGAUUACACACUUUAAUAUCUUUGUAUCGACCAACAGCAUAGCAGAUAGUAGUGUCGACAUUUUAAACAACAACUCUACAAACCAUCAUUUUACCAUUAGUUCAAUGCCAACCGUUUCUUGUUUUGAACCUAUAACAAUACAUGACAAGAUUCAAACUCUUAAAAUCGUUUCAUUUGGUCUGUCUGACGAAUCAAAGCUUAUAGUCUCAAAUAUUCUAGAUAGUUUACACAAUCAUAGAGAUUUGUAUUCGUUGUAUUUGGAAGUAGGACAAAUCAAUGAAUCUAUACUCAAUUCAUUGGUUAGACUAUUAGACAAGAAUCGGUCUAUUACACGUCUAUAUUUGUUGCCCAAAGGUGCAUCGGAUGAUAUUCCACUAACUGGAUUUUUCAACCAACUUCCAAGAGACCAUCUAUUGAAUCUUCUCCAAAUCAUUGCAACCACCAAAACAAUCAAUACCGUCAUUAUGCCAUCCAACCUAAUUUCACACAAAGAUCCAAUCAACAAUGAAUUACCAAAACAAUUUGAUUUUGUAAAUAGUUUUUGGUUUACAGUUUUAAUUAGAUAUAAAUAA